GAGCUGAGGAAGGAACCGAAUUUGAAUCCGGUAAUCUGGCGAGGCUUACUUUGGUGACGAGGAGGAUAAGAGUUCUAGACAGGAUUGGGCCUGGGAGUGGUUCUUACCUGCUGCUACGCUUUAGACAGGAACCAGGGCGUUAGUAGGCAGAUUGGGUUGUGGUUAUUGUGGGGAGGAGUCGUCUCUGUCUUGCGUGGGCAAAAGACUCUGGGCUUUGAAUAGCUGCUUAGCUGGUAGAUAUCGGCAGACGAAGUCAUGCCAGGCGUACUUAUGGGAAAUGCUUAACUUCUUCCUCGUACGCAGGCAUUGAGUUACAGAGAAUGCCUAUCCGUGCCCACUGUACUAUCUGUUCUGACUUCUUUGACAAUGAGAGGGAUGUGGCAGCAAUUCACUGUGGACACACCUUUCACCAUUUGUGCCUCAUCCAGUGGUUUGACACUGCUCCAAGUCGGACUUGCCCACAGUGCAGAAUUCAGGUUGGCAAAAGACAUAUCAUCAACAAACUGUUCUUUGAUGUUGCCCUGGAGGAGCCAUCAGGCCGGGAUGCAGAAAGUCUACAGAAUGAACUAGACAGGGUGAAAGCCCAGCUCUUCUUGAAAGAAAAGGAGAAACGGGAUUGCCAAUCUGUUGUUGACUCACUGAGGGAAACCCUGGAUGUUCGGAAUGCCACCAUCGAAUCUCUUCAGAAAGCUGCAUCUGACAUGGAAAUGCUGUGUUCUACUCUCAAGAAACAAAUGAAGUAUCUGGAGCAGCAGCAAGAAGAUACUAAGAGUGCAAAAGAAGAAGCUCGAAAACUGCGAAAUAAACUGAAAACUAUGGAGAGGAUUGAGCUGUUACUCCAGGGCCAACGUCCAGAAGUGGAGGAGAUGAUCCGUGAUAUGGGAGCAGGGCAGGCAGCAGUGGAGCAGCUUGCAGUCUAUUGUAUUUCACUGAAAAAGGAAUAUGAGAACCUGAAGGAGUCUCGGAAAGCAUCAAAUGAGAAAAUAGAAAAGUUGAAAAAGGAGUUGUUUUCUGCAAACCACAAGUUACAGAAAACUGUUCUGGAGUUAAAGAAAACAAAUGAGGAAUUAAAAAGCACCCAGACAGAUCUGAGAAAUGCAGAUAAAGAGAUCACGAGUCUGAAGAAGAAGAUAGAAAUCUUGCAAGAUACCUUAAAAGUGCCAUCAGUAACCGGUGAAGCGCUCAGUCGGCUUGUUUCUGAAAGCCCAGUUCCUGUGGAACUACUCAGCCCAAAGCUCCAUCGACCAGCUCACAGUGAUAACAUUGACCUGAAUGCCACUUUUGAUGUGGAGACGCCAAAGCACCAACCUCAUAAGACAGUCCCUGCACCUGCCAAAAAGCUUAAACUGGAUAAAAAGUCGGCCUCUGUGACAAAUCUAUCAAGAGUUCUGAAAGCAACAGUAGAGAACUGUUCAGCUGAUGCAGAAGGUGAGCAUCUAGAAGACUUUCUUCCUGCUUUCAUCAGAAAUUCAGUUCUGUCCAGAAGACCACCUGGAAGCAGCCAUUUGAUGCCACAGAGGAGCAUAGGAAUAGUGAGAAUGGGCUAUGAUGGCCUGGGAGGCAGAACCAAAUUCAUACAGCCUAGUAUCCCUGCAGAGAUUCGCCCGCUGCCUGUGAAGGGCAAGAAAAAGAAUGUUUCUAAACAAACAAUAGCAGCAGCUUCUGCUUCUGGCAUUAGUCAGGCUAAACUAGACUGCUUCCUUAAGUAACCAUGGAUUUUGUUAGCAAAAAAAUAAUACUAAUCAGAGGCCUGGAAUCUUCUAGCACAGCAGGCAGGCAUUCUGGUGACCCCUAUGCAGUGGACAGAACACAGGGGAAGUUGAGUACUAUGUUCCCCCAGCUUUGGGUUCAUGUGACAUUUUAUUUCCUGUAAAUUGAGCUUGGAAGAACAGCCUUGCUAUGCUGCCAGCACUUAUAGGGAAAGGACUAAAAAAGUUCCAGAAUUCCUUGGGCCUUUGGUAUCCUGAAGGACUAUUCUGUAUUAUACAGCUGCUGAACCAUGGGAAUAUGGCUCCUGUGAGCUGGACAGCAGUAUCAGCUACAAAAGCACACAGUUGGAGACCCAGAGAUGUUUAGAGGCAUCCUUUCCUUAAAACCCACCUGCAGCAGGAGCAUCUCUUCCAUGGAUUCCUUCGAACUUUAUAAUGGGGAGAAAAUUCUGCCUGCAGCUGUUGAGCUGUGUGGGACUUUGAGCGACCUGAGAAGAGGUCAAGACAAGCACUGGGGUAGUUCUUUUUCUAACACUACAAGUGCAAAAUCAUGCCUUCUGCCAAAACUUUUCAUAUCUCUCUGAGCUGCUGUAGCCAGGACAAUGAUAUUUUGUGCUAUUUUGGAGGGAUUAUUUGAUGAUUAGUAAUGAAUUUCUGCCUUCCUCUCACUGUUCCUGCGUAUUGGCUAAAAAUGCUGGUUUGUGUUUCAGAGUUUGUGCUUCAGUAAUUAUAUCAGAAUGCCUGCUUGCAAAAUGAGACAAAAUUCCUGUCUAGCUUGGAUAGGAAAUCUGAGCAGGAUAAGAAUUUUCCCUAUCUCCUCUUCUGCGAAGCCCCACCUUAUCUUUUGUCCUUAAGGAGUUUGUGUGGCAGUGGUAGCAGCUGUGGCAGAAGCAUCCUUUUAGUCUUUUCUUUGUCUCUUUGCCUCCCUAACCACUAGCACAUGGCAGGGUUGGAUGGUGUCUCCUGUGGACAGGAGGGCAGGUAAGGAAUUGUGGUGGGAGAUACAUAGAAUUCUGUUUUGUUCUUGGUGACAUCAGAUGUGCCAUGAUGCUCUGAGGGCAUCAAGAACUUUGGUUCCCUGCUCAAUUCAAAUGAGCUUUUGGACUUGCUGAAAUUUAAGGUGUGCUUUUUUUUGUGGCUUUUUUUUGCAAGUAACUUGUAUACUUCACAAUUCACAAGGAAUUAUCUAACUGCUAAAGAAGCCUUUAGGGUAUAGAGGUGUGGGCUUACAAUCAAGGAGCACUGAUAGUUUGUCCCUUAGGUGAAGAGAGGAGAAAUCUUCAUUAUAUGCUGAAGGUUUCUGGUUAAACUCAAACCUGCCCCAUCCCUUCUGAUGCAAACCUGGAGACCUCAACCAUCUGGUGAUCCAGAUAUUCAGCAGCCUUUUUCUCUAUAUUUUUCCCUCCUUAAAUUAACAAUGUUGUUGAAUAGCAAAUGCCUUUUUAUCUUGUAACAUCCUAUUCUCUUGGUUCAGGUUUUCAGUUGAUUCUUGUCCUUGGUAUUCUGCCUUAUAUCAUAGAACAGUGAAAGUAGUAUUAUUCUUUCAGUUUAUUUGCUUCAUUGUCUUUGGAGAAUAUGAACAAGAAAUGCACAACAAUAUCUUUCCCCUGUAAUAGGGCCAUUCUAGGCUCUUAGUGCUGUGUCUUUGCUUUAAGGUACAGCAAAGUAGGUUCCCAGCUUAAUCUUAUGUAAUGGAAGUUCUGGGUGAAGAAAUAUUAUUUGUCUGAAACUAAUCUAGUUUGUGGCAUUGUUCAGAUUUUGUUUCAUUUGCCUUAAGAGAUUCUGGCAGAAUGUGGUACUGGCCUUAGACUUAACUUAGUCUUUCACAUCCUGCAGGAAUUUUAUAAAACCAACCUCAUUAUAACCGGAAAGACACUGUUUUUACAAUGAAAUGAAAAACUAGUCACAGAUCUAGCAAGCUUUGUUUGGAGUUCCUAGUUGAACAGGUGUGCUCACACUGAAUAAAUAUUGUAUAAAAUAUUCCUCUUUUGUUAAACUGAAGGGAUAUAAACUUAAGCUUUAUAAGGCACUGCUGUAUGCCGAGGCUUUGCAAGCACACAUGAUGAAAUAUACAUCAGCAUCUGUGACAGAAGGCUUGCUGCCUUCCUCCAAAUGAUAAUUUAUGAUAUAAGGAACUAGAAUCCCUCUUCUCACAGCUAUAACUCCUGGGAGUUUGAAAAGGCUGAAUUCCACUAAGGCAUUCCCUUUUCUUUUACUUCGCAACCCCAUGUAGAAACAUCAGUCAGUUAAUUUAUCUACUUCCCAAUGAUGAUCAGGCACCGAACAAUCACCAAGCCUGUUUGGGUUGGGUCUUGAAGGUGAAAUAGAAUUGGAUGUUAUCUACCACCUGGAGAUAGCAAAUGGUGUAUCUGUGUUUUUAUCAAGUGACCUGGUGUGUACCUUGAAUGAGAGAGCUACUAUCCACACAAGAACCCAUAUCAAAACUUUAGGUGGGGUAGACCAGAAAAGUUAACCAUCCACAAAAUGCGUUACUCUGUCCACUCCCCAUAUCCAGCAACUGGGCAGUCUAUGGCAUCCUGUUAGACUGAAAUAAAAGUACCAACUAGUCUCCAAUUGACACCCUUCCCUGCCUAAUCAUUAGAAGCAAUUCUUACUGUAUUUUUCCUUAGGAAUAGUUAUUUACAUUAUCAGUAAUUCCUCUGAGGAGUUUGCAGUAAUAUACAUAUUAUACUAUUUUAGCUACACAGCUCCCCUCUGAGGUAGCUGAAUGAUCAAAGGUAACCUGGAGAUCCAGUGGCAUUGCUAGAUCAUCCUUGUCACAAGUCAGAUACUCUUUCAAUUGCCCUGAGUAUACAAAAAGGGAAGGGACAGAAGGAGGAUAAAUGUUAAGUAACCAGUUUUGAAACUUCUAUUCUAAGAAACAAUUACGUUAUCCUGAGAAUACCAAUUAAUAUCUAUUGUCACAUCAAUAUAUUUCAAUGAAGGGUUAUGUAUGGGAAUGCCAACGGAUAAGUAAGAUGUACCUAUCCUUGCUAAGUGGUUGGCAGAGUCAUACAUGUGCAGUCCAUGCCAUACCCAGGUUAAAAGGCAAUCUGGCAGGAAAUAUAAAUUUGACUGCUUGAGGGAAAGUGACUCUUCAUCAAUUUUAGCUUUAAAAGGAGAUUAGAAACAGGAUGAUAUUGAGAUCCAUCCCAGUUUCAUUGACAAUUCUAACCCUCCCUCCACUGCCCCCCCCACACCACCCUUGAUAAUAUAUUAACAAUUGCAGGAAGCAAAGAAGCCAAGUUUAACUGUUUUCAUUACAAAAAAAAUCAGCUUAAAUCUGGCUUUGCAAGUCAGUGUCCAGAUGCUCCCAAGCACACUCAAUAGGCAGAAAAUUACAUAAACAUGAAGAACUUCCUUCUCUCUAAGGCCUCUUCUGUAAACCAGAACUUAUAAUGUGGUUGUAGUGGAUGCCUGGGCACUGCAGCUAAACCAGCAAGACCAUUGAGAUGGCAGCCGUCAGUGUCACUGGGCAUCCUAGUCUAUCCUGAAUUUGUCUUUUUGCAUCUUCAGAGAAUGGAUCAAGUUUGAAAAAUUAGAUCUGAACUAGUGCUUUCAGAAAGCGCUCUUGUUGCCUUAAGGAUGGUGUCAUUCUCUCCCCUUCCCCCCCAAUAUUUUAAGAGAAAUUUCUAAUUAUUUCACAGGUGAUAAAAAGAAAAGGUUGGAGGUUUCACAUUAUCACACUUUCUCAUUCUCUAGAUCUUUCUUUUGAAUCUUAAAACACUUUCCUUUUCUGGGUUUGCUUGAUUUGUAGAAUACUGCAGCCAGGUCAAAAUCAAACAAAAGCAAGCCUGUUCCUCUUAUACAGCUCAAUUUGUAAGAACUGCUUUUGUGAGGAGCCAUAUCCCCAUCUCUCUGAUCAUGUACCUCAACAGGGUCUUGUGGUUUAGAGCAAGAAUUGCUUGGGGGCAAGACCUCUGCAUUUCCCUCUGUUCUAUACCUAUCUUAUUUUGCUUCUGUUAUUGGGCAAUAAGGUGGCAUUGUAACAUAAAAAUGAACUGAGAUAAAACAAACAUAUGAAAUGGUAUAUUCAGAAUCUGCUGUUUUUUCUUAAGUCAAUGACCAGAGGCAUUUUCUCUUGCAAUGAGAUUACUGAGACAAGGGCAGGCCCAGUUUUCACUUCCAAUAAAAUUUCAUUACCUUUUUUUUCCAGA